UAAAGGCUUUUCUAAACUAAGGUUCUCGAUUCCUUGGUUUGGUUCCGAAGUUACAAGCUAAUGCUUAAGAGAAAUCAGGCACCAAUUAAGAGCAGCAGCUAUGGGGGAUCCUGGACUCUUCAAAUUGCAGUUUGCCCCCUUCAGCAGUGCCUUAGACGUUGGCUUUUGGCACGAGUUGACCCAGAAGAAGUUGAAUGAAUAUCGACUAGAUGAAGCCCCCAAGGACAUUAAGGGUUAUUAUUACAAUGGUGAUUCUGCGGGACUGCCAGCUCGCUUAACAUUGGAGUUCAGUGCUUUCGACAUGAGUGCUCCCACGCCUGCACACUGCUGCCCUGCUGUAGGGACACUGUACAACACCAACACACUGGAGUCUUUCAAGACUGCGGAUAAGAAGCUCCUUCUGGAACAAGCAGCCAAUGAGAUCUGGGAAUCCAUAAAGUCAGGCGCUGCUCUUGAAAACCCUGUACUCCUGAACAAGUUCCUCCUCUUGACAUUUGCAGAUUUAAAGAAGUACCACUUCUACUAUUGGUUUUGCUAUCCUGCCCUCUGUCUUCCAGAGAGUAUUCCUCUUAUUCAGGGGCCAGUAGGUUUGGAUCAAAGGUUUUCAUCAAAACAGAUUCAAGCCCUUGAGCGGGCAUAUGAUGAUCUUUGUCAAACAGAAGGUGUCACAGCCCUACCAUACUUCCUAAUCAAGUAUGAUGACAACAUGGUGCGAGUUUCCUUGCUUAAGCACUACAGUGAUUUCUUCCAAGGUCAAAGGAUAAAGAUAACAGUUGGUGUAUAUGAUCCCUGUAACCUAGCCCAGUACCCUGGAUGGCCUUUGAGGAAUUUUUUGGUCCUAGCAGCACACAGAUGGAGUAGCAGUUUCCAGUCUGUUGAAGUCCUUUGCUUCCGUGACCGCACCAUGCAGGGGGCGAGAGACAUUGCCCACAGCAUCAUCUUUGAAGUGAAGCUUCCAGAAAUGGCAUUUAGCCCAGAUUGUCCUAAAGCAGUCGGAUGGGAAAAGAACCAGAAAGGAGGCAUGGGACCAAGGAUGGUGAACCUUAGUGAAUGUAUGGAUCCCAAAAGGUUAGCUGAGUCUUCUGUGGAUCUAAAUCUUAAAUUGAUGUGUUGGAGGUUGGUUCCUACUCUGGACCUGGAGAAGGUUGUAUCUGUCAAAUGUCUGCUGCUUGGAGCCGGUACCUUGGGUUGUAAUGUAGCCAGGACAUUGAUGGGUUGGGGCGUCAGACAUGUCACAUUCGUGGACAAUGCCAAGAUCUCCUAUUCCAAUCCUGUGAGGCAGCCUCUCUAUGAAUUCGAAGAUUGCCUAGGUGGAGGUAAACCAAAGGCUUUAGCUGCAGCUGACCGGCUCCAGAAAAUAUUCCCCGGAGUGAAUGCCAGAGGGUUCAACAUGAGCAUCCCCAUGCCGGGUCAUCCAGUGAACUUCUCCAACAUCACCCUGGAGCAAGCCCGCAAGGAUGUAGAGCAGCUGGAGCAGCUCAUUGAAAGCCAUGAUGUUAUCUUCCUGUUGAUGGACACCAGGGAAAGCCGGUGGCUUCCUGCAGUCAUUGCUGCAAGCAAGAGAAAGCUGGUCAUCAAUGCUGCCUUGGGAUUUGACACAUUUGUUGUCAUGAGACAUGGCCUGAAGAAACCAAAGCAGCAGGGAGCCGGGGACCUGUGUCCCAGUCACUCAGUGGCAUCUGCUGACCUCCUGGGCUCAUCACUUUUUGCCAACAUCCCGGGUUACAAACUUGGCUGUUAUUUCUGCAAUGAUGUGGUGGCCCCAGGAGAUUCAACCAGAGACCGGACCUUGGACCAACAGUGCACAGUGAGUCGUCCAGGACUGGCCAUGAUUGCAGGAGCCCUGGCAGUAGAAUUGAUGGUGUCUGUUUUGCAGCAUCCAGAAGGGGGCUACGCCAUUGCCAGCAGCAGUGAUGAUCGCAUGAAUGAGCCUCCAACCUCUCUUGGGCUUGUACCUCACCAGAUCCGGGGAUUUCUGUCACGGUUUGAUAAUGUCCUUCCUGUCAGCCUGGCGUUUGACAAAUGUACAGCUUGUUCUUCCAAAGUUCUUGAUCAAUAUGAACGAGAAGGAUUUAAUUUCCUAGCAAAGGUGUUUAAUUCUUCACAUUCCUUCUUGGAAGACUUGACUGGUCUCACAUUGCUGCAUCAAGAGACCCAAGCUGCCGAGAUCUGGGACAUGAGCGACGAUGAGACCAUCUGAACCAGCCAUGCCUCGUGUGGAGCCUGAUUCUUUCUCUGGCUGCCUGCUGAGGCCACACUCAGUCACUGGAGCAGGACUGUCACCUCCCUGUUCCCUUUCUUCCUGAAGACUGGGGUGCUCCCUCUGCUGCCAGCGUUCUGCAUUCUGAUGGGUCACCAUUCCCCCCAGCUCUGACUUCAAUAAUAACCUUGGCUUUGGCACAGCCAUUGAUCUGGG